UCAGCAAUAGAAGAAGUAAAAGAACGCGUCAUUGUUUUGGUUUGUUUACAGGAAAGCGGGGCCACAGAUACUUUGCAGAAAAGCGGGACCAUAGAACUGAUAACUGGUUAAAGACCAACAACAUUAACAGAGCUUUUAUUGUGCAUAUAACAGGAUUGAUCACCAUGACAACAAAGCGUGGAUUGAUAACUGAUUCAUUUAAGGUAGCGAAGAAAUCAAAGAAAAGGGAAAAGCAAGAGAAGAGUCCCACACCUACUCCGUCUCAGCAGGAUGCUGCUACAGCAGAGGAGGAGAUGAGGAAGCUCAAACAGUUUGACCUGGACUGGAGAUUUGGGCCCUGUACAGGCAUCAGCAGGCUGCAGAGGUGGGAGAGAGCCAAGAGUCAUGGUCUGGACCCACCUGAGGAAAUCAGAGAGCUGUUGUUGGAAACACCUGCUUAUCCUGAGUACUCCCUGAGUCUGUGGAGUGACUAUCCUUUCUGAGGACAACAUCAUAAGGAGGAAGAAGAUCCAAACCUUUGUGUCAAGAGUGUUGAUACACUGUUUUGUUUGUUUGUUUGUUUGUUUGUUUGUUUACCAUGUUUGACAUUUCUCUUAUUCUCUUUAUUGGUGUUAUUUUUAAAUUAAAAGAUAACCAGAUAUCUUGCCUUGUCUUUUACACGAUAAAAACUGGUGGAAUUUUCUACUGUAUCACAAACUAUGAUACAAGAAUUGAGUCUUUUUUAUCAUUAUUAAAGCAUGAUGAAAUAACA